GAUUAUAAGUGACUAAUAUUUGUAUGUAAUUUGUAAAUGAGUAAAUACAUAUUUAAAUUUUACAAAUGGACAAAACACAAUUCGAAAUACUAGAUGAAACAUGUGGUACAGCCGAUACUAAUUUACCUGCAGUAAUGGCAGGCUUAGAAAUGCUUACAGUAAAUACAAAUUUAUCACCUACAAAAAAUACAAGAAUAUUCACAAAAGAAAUCCCAAAAGAUGAAUCUAAUGAUAAUCUUAAUAGAAGGUGCAGUUUAAGACCAAGGAAAAGAAGUUAUUCAGAAGUGGAGGAUAUCAGUAAAAGAAAUAAAUCGCAACAAACAGAAAGAACAAAUUUUAAAGAAUAUUAUUUAAAUAAAAAUUUAAAAAGAAGAUUAAAUAAUUUGGAAACAAUUUAUGAAGAAAAAGAUGAUGCAAAUGAAUUUAUUACAUACAUGAGUGUAAAAAGGUAUAAACGUAUGAUACAAUUUCAGGAAAAACCUACUGAUUCUAAGUUAAGGAAAAGAAGAGCAAAAAUUAAAAGUGUAUUUGGAUCAAAAAUUAAUUUCAAACAAAGGCGUGCAUCUAUGCAAAUGUUGCUUGAAAAAUUAAAUGGUAUUAGAUCAGAAUCACCUGCAAAAGUUGACAGUGAAGCAAAGUGA